AUGUGGCUGCGCCUGCUUUUGUACCACCUCGCCAUACUUCUCGCCAAAGCUCAAAAUUCUUGCCUUGGACGGACAACAUUCAGACCCCCAGCGAACUCAGACAUUGAAGUCACCUGUGGAUCUGAAAGUGUGUCCAUUCAAAUCCUGUUGUGUCCCCUUUACUUCAAUGGAUACAAUGAGUCGCUGCUGUCCCUCAACUCCCAGCACUCUAAACCUGAGUGUAAAGGGACGGCAGACUGGACGGUGGACCCGCCCGUCCUCAGAUACAACAUCUCAAUCAAUGACGCCGCCAUUUCUGCCUGUUCCACCCAACUGACGGUAUCUGAAGAGGUCGGAACUGGAAUGUUUGCAGACUUCUCCAACGUCCAAUACAUCAAUAUAUCAGGAAUGUUCUGCACUCAUGACCCCACCGCCAUAGCCAUCACAUACCACCAAGAGGUUAUGUACCGCUUCUCCUGCCGCUACCCACUCCAGUACCUGGUCAACAACACUCAGAUGAGCGUUUCUGGGACCACUCUGGCUGUUAAAGACACCAAUGGGAGUUUCAUCAGUACAUUGAGCAUGCGGUUGUACGCGGACAAUGCCUACUCCACCAUGCUGACAAUUCCUGCAGAAGGUUUGGAACUAAAGACCAGAGUUUUUGUGGAAGUGAAAGCAUCCAACUUAACAAGCAGAUUCCAUGUGCUCUUGGAUCGAUGUUAUGCUACGACGUCACCUUUCCAUUCCAGCACUGAAUUUUUUGACCUGUUCGUUGGGUGUAACCGGGAUGGCCAGACAGUAAUAGAUGUCAACGGAGAGCAGCAGGAAGCUCGUUUCUCCUUUGAGGUUUUUCGAUUUACCGAACACUCUGAUGCAUUCAAAUCCAUCUACUAUGUUCACUGUGCCACCAGACUCUGUGUGAACACCAUCUGCCCUACCCUUGUUCAGAACUGUACCAACUCCAGGAGGCGUCGAAGCACCAUCGACGAAACCACAGUGAGCGAUAUGAGGACGGUCACCUCAAUCCCCAUCAGGACCAAACUAGAGGGGUAUCCUAUGGGGGCAACUGGAAGUUUUCACCCAGCUCAUACAGAUGGCACCGUGGUGGCUGUUUCAAUCAUAGCAGGCAUCAUCGGAUUAAUCUGCCUUGUUCUAGUGGCUUUUAUCAUAUACCACAUGUACUACGCAAACAUUAAAGUCAACAAGACAAUUCUGUACACGCAGGAAUGA